AUGGCGGCCCGUGAUGAGGAAAAGGGUGCCCAAGUCCGUCGCCCGCCGUCUCCCAAGGUUGGCGAGCUCGUUGUCGACGGCAAUCCAGACGGCUUGCACCGCAAGCUCGACAACCGCCAAAUCCAGCUCGUGGCCAUUGGCGGCUCCAUCGGCACUGCGCUCUUCGUCAGCAUCGGCACCGGCCUGGCAAAGGGUGGUCCCGCCAGCUUGCUGCUUGCCUUUAGCCUCUACUCGCUCGUCGUAGCUUGCGUCAACAAUUCCGUUGCCGAGAUGACGUGUUUAAUGCCUGUUUCCGGUGGUUUCAUCCGCUUGGCCGGCCAUUGGGUUGAUGACGCUUUGGGCUUCAUGGCUGGCUGGAAUUUUUUCCUCUACGAAGCCCUGUUGAUUCCCUUUGAAAUCACGGCCGUGAACCUCGUGCUCUCGUUUUGGAAUGAAAAGAUUACCGAGCCCGGCCCUACAGCUGCCAUUUGUGCUGCAGUCAUCCUUUGCUACGCUCUGAUCAAUGUCCUCGCCGUCCGAGCAUACGGCGAGGCCGAAUUCUGGCUCUCAGGAGGCAAGGUCAUCCUCCUCUUCAUGCUCUUCUUCUACACCUUCAUCACAAUGCUCGGCGGCAACCCCAAGCACGACGCGUAUGGAUUUCGAUACUGGAGGGAGCCAGGCGCCUUUGCCGAGUACAACGGCAGCACGGGCGACUUGGGCCGCUUCCAGGGUUUCCUGGGGGCUCUCUGGAGCGCGGCUUUUGCCGUCGUCGGGCCCGAGUAUGUCUCCAUGGUCGCGGCCGAAGCAAAACGCCCGCGCGCCUACAUCAAGACCGCCUUCAAGACCAUCUACUGGCGCUUCGGCCUCUUCUUUGCCGGAAGCGCCCUGUGCGUCGGCAUCGUCGUGCCCUACAACUACCCCGACCUGGUGGACAUCCUGGCGGGCAAGACGGGCAACACGCAAACCGCCGCCGCUUCACCUUACGUCAUGUCCAUGCGAAUGCUCGGCAUCGACGUGCUGCCUCACAUUGUCAACGCCCUCAUGCUGACGUCCAUCUUCUCGGCCGGCAACACGUACACCUACUGCGCGACGCGAUCCCUCUACGGCCUCGCGCUCGAGGGCCGCGCCCCCAGGUUCCUGCGCAAGACGUGGAGCAACGGCGUGCCCAUCUACUGCUUCUGCGUCGUCAUGUUCUUCCCGCUGCUGUCCUUCCUCCAGGUCGGCAACGGCUCCAGGAAGGUUGUCGGAUGGCUUGUCGACCUCAUCACGGCGGGCGGCAUCAUCGACUACCUGGUCAUGAACGUCACCUUCCUCUACUUCUACCGCGCGUGCGAGGCCCAAAAGGUCGACCGCGCGACGCUGCCCUACUGCGGACGGUUCCAGCCGUACGGCUCCUACGUCGCCCUCCUUGUCCACGGCCUGGUUGUCGUCUUUUACGGGUACACGGCCUUUACGCCCUGGAGCGUGGAGAGCUUCUUCCGAAACUACUCGAUGCAGAUCCUGGCCCCGGUGCUGUUCUUUGGCUGGAAGGUUGCCAAGCGGACCCGCACGGUCAAGCCGCGCGACGCCGAUCUGGUGUGGGAGCGGCCGCUCAUCGACAGGUACGAGGCUGACUUGAGGGGUCCGCCGGUUGGGUUCUGGACCGAGAUGGGUCGCUUGGUGGGCAUGAACAGGAGGGCCAAGGCGAACGGGGCUGAUGAGUGA